ACACACUCACACACUAAGAGAGACAAUAAAAACAGGGGAGAGCAGACUUAUUAUUAGUAGCGGGCGAUGGUCCAAAUGGAGAACCAUGACUCCUCCUCCACAACCACCACCACCACCUCCUCCUCUUUCUCCAGCUUCAAAACUUAUUUUCAUGCACUCUCCCACACGCCCCACCGGCUGGCCCGCCGAGCCUGUUCCGUUUCGACAUCUUUCCAAGAAACCAGCCGCGUCCGAGCCAUGUCUGGCACGGACAUGAAGAGGACCCUUAGAUGGUAUGACCUUGUCGGCUUUGGGGUCGGCGGUAUGGUCGGUGCCGGAGUCUUUGUCACCACCGGCACCGCCAGCCGACGUUACGCCGGCCCUUCUGUUGUCCUCUCCUACGCCAUUGCCGGCCUCUGCGCCCUCCUUUCAGCUUUCUGCUACACUGAGUUCGCCGUUGACAUGCCCGUCGCCGGCGGGGCCUUUAGUUACAUCCGCGUCACUUUUGGUGAAUUUUUGGCGUUUUUGACGGGGGCUAAUUUGAUUAUAGAUUACGUAUUAUCAAAUGCGGCCGUGGCUAGGAGUUUCACAACAUACUUUGUUACAGCUAUUGGUGUAUCGACGAAGCUGAGAAUAACAGUCCAUUUUCUUCCCAAAGGUUUUAAUGAGAUUGACAUUUUAGCGGUGGCCCUCGUCUUGAUUCUCACCUUAGUCAUCUGUUACAGUACGAGGGAGAGCUCAUUGCUGAAUAUGGUGCUGACGGUGCUGCAUAUAAUGUUUAUACUGUUUGUGAUAUUGAUGGGGUUUUGGAGGGGGGAAUGGAAGAAUUUUAGCGAGCCAGGGAACCCAAAACAUCCUGGUGGGUUUUUCCCAUUUGGAGCAUCAGGGGUUUUCAACGGGGCUGCCAUGGUCUACCUAAGCUAUAUCGGGUAUGAUGCAGUUUCAACAAUGGCUGAAGAGGUCAGAAAUCCGGUUAGGGAUAUCCCUGUUGGGGUCUCGGGAUCCGUGAUCCUCGUGACGGUUCUUUACUGCUUGAUGGCUGCCUCAAUGUCCCUGCUUCUCCCUUAUGACAUGAUUGAUCCCGAGGCGCCGUUUUCAGGGGCAUUUAGGGGAGGAUCAGACGGUUGGAAAUGGGUAUCGAAUGUGAUAGGGGUGGGGGCCAGCUUUGGGAUAUUGACGUCGCUGUUGGUGGCUAUGUUGGGUCAAGCUCGUUACAUGUGUGUGAUCGGACGGUCCAGUGUUGUCCCUGCAUGGUUCGCUAAGGUCCAUCCUAGGACUUCUACGCCUGUCAACGCCUCAGCUUUUCUUGGGAUCUUCACAGCGGCUAUUGCCCUUUUCACGGACUUGAAUAUACUACUGAACCUUGUGUCCAUCGGCACGCUCUUUGUCUUCUAUAUGGUUGCAAACGCUGUAAUCUACCGGCGCUAUGUCUCUGUCGGAACAACUAAUCCAUGGCCAACCCUUUCCUUCCUGUUUUGCUUCUCACUCACGUCCAUCAUAUUCACCGUCAUGUGGCAAUUCGCACCCCCGGGAAAGCCGAAAGCCUUCAUACUCGGUGCCUGCACUGCCAUUGCUGUUGGCGUCCUCCAAUCAUUCCAUCACCGUGUGAAUGGAGGUUCUGGGACCCCCCAGAACCGUGUGAUGGAAUCAAAGGGACCCUCCAAUGAUUGGAGGUUCUGGGGGAAUGGUUGGCGUCCUCCAAUCAUUCCAGAAGCCAGAAAGCCCGAGUUCUGGGGGGUCCCUUUGAUGCCCUGGAUACCAUCCAUAUCCAUCUUCCUUAACAUAUUCUUGUUGGGUUCUCUUGAUAGACCGUCCUACGUGAGAUUCGGAUUCUUUUCCGCUCUCGCAGUUCUUGUUUACCUUCUAUAUAGCGUCCAUGCUAGCUUUGACGCUGAGGAAGAUGGGAAGCUCGGUCAUAACAGCGGUGAAAAUGCGAAGGAAUCUAUUGAAACGGAGGACCACAAACUUGAAGUAUAAAUAUUUCUUGUUCUUGUUUUUUCCCUUUCAGUGACUCGACAACUUUUAAUUUUGGAUCAAGGAUUAGAGUAGGGACGAAGAAGAAGUAGAUAGGUUGGAAUAGGCUGCAAAAAAUUAGCAGCAGCAGCUAGCAGCAAGUUGUACAGCUGGAGCCUUAGUAGUGGAUCAAGGUUUGAGGUCCCCUGUACAUGUUGUCGUCUGAUCCAUCACCUUAUAAUUCUGACAUGCAUUAUCUCGACAGAGAAUGAAACCAGAAAAUCUUAACAAGAGAUUUUUUGUU